AUAUACCACCACCAGCAGCAGCAAGAACGCCGAGCGUACUGCGGGCAUGAGCCUCGACGCCGCCUCCGCGAUCGCGGUCGCGGCGGCGGUGGCCCUCGCGGUGGUCAUCGUGGUCAUCGUUGUCGCCUGCGGCGGACGGACACCGGGCCGUCGUCCAGGCGGCGGCGGCGGCGCCGCGGCGGUGCACGACGUCGAGCGCGCGCUCGGGGACGCCGCCACGCUCGUGACGUACGAGCAGGCGCGGGCGGCGGCCGGAAAGAAGAGCGGCGGCGGGAGCGCGGCGGACGAGGAGGAGGCCCCGCGCUGCGCGCUCUGCCUGUCGGAGUUCGCCAGCAGCGACAGCAAGGCGGGGGGCGAGCUCGAGCUCGUGCGGGUGGUCUCGGCGUGCGGCCACUUCUUCCACGCGGAGUGCGGCGUCGACGGCUGGCUCAGGGCGCGCGGGACGUGCCCGCUCUGCCGAGCUGAGGUGUGGACGACGACACUGCCGCGGCCGCCGCGCCCGGAGUGCCCGCCGCGAUCCGGCGGCGACACAGUGCGCUCGCGUUAGCGUGUCAAUGUGCUACGAAUUUCAUCCACUUAUUCCGUUGGUGAUUAGUGAGCAGUAGGAUUUUACAGAGGAUUCUUUGGCACAUUAUUUCAGAGGCAAAAGCUUCUUUUUCUUUCUCUCUCAAAUCUUGUGUGACGAUUUGGUGAGACAACAAAAAUUGUAGUACUACGCAAUCCUGAAAGAUCAGAAAUUAUGCUGCAUCCGGUUUAUAAAACUGGAAGGUAUG